GAUUAUCCCGGCAUCUUUGCGCUUGGGGCAAUGACGCAGCUAAUGAGGUUCUAACCGAGGCGCGUCUAUUGCUGGUUGAAAACUAUUUCCAAACCCCCUCUUUGGCCUGGGUUUGGCCCAGGCCAUUGAGAAUUUCUGGAAGGGUUCCCUUCGGGGUAAAGCCCUACAAAUUUUAGUAUAAAGUUUCAUAUCGUGUCGUAAUAAAUGCACGUUAGACUGUAACGGUGAUAUGUUAAUUUGUAGCAACGUUUAAAAUUUUGCGAGCUUGAAUCUUCACCGCCUCACGAGGGUAUGAGCGGUCGCUGUUGCUAGAGUUCUUGGACUGAAAAGACUAGAGAAUCUGUCAGAACCUAAAUGGCGCCAAAGCGAACUAAAACUAAUAAGAAUCCAUCUCCCGAGCCAAAUGGAAUGUUCUCUGGAAUGGUCGUAUUCUUGGUUGAGAACGGGGUUCAGUCACUCCGAUUACAGAUUUGGAAGCAAAAACUGAUACAAAUGGGGGCUACUAUUGAGACUCGCCUAUCGAAGAAGAUAACUCAUGUUUUUGCCAUGAAUUCUAACGCGCUUCUCCAGCAAAUGGACAGAGAACAGCUACAGCGAUUUAAAGGAAGAGUUCUUCUUUUUCAGUGGCUAGAGGACAGCUUGAGAUUAGGAGAAAAAGUACUUGAGGAUUCAUACUAUGUUGGUGUUGAUUCGGAAGGAAAAGGUGAUCCAGUCAAGUCUCCAGUAAAAGAGUCGGCAGAUGGAAACACUUCUGGCAGUGAUGAACCAUCGCCUCAGAAAAAGAUGAGGUCUUCUCUUGAGGGUUUAGUUGACGGAGCAGAUAAACAAAAUAAUGCUGUAAAAAAUUCACCAGAUAGUCCCAGUAGUUCUGACAGCUUGCCCUUUGCUUUAAGCUCAACAAUCAUGAGCCCGAGGACUCCCAGAACACCAAGCCAAAAUUCAUCCCUGCCAUACUGUCCACCUGAUCUAAACAGGAACAUCACUGAAAUAUUUGGAAAACUAAUAAACAUAUACAGGGCAAUGGGCGAUGAUCGUAGGUCAUUUAGCUAUUACAAGGCUAUUACAGUUAUUGAGAAGUUGCCGUACAAAAUUGAAAGUGCAGACCAAGUCAAAGAUCUACCUGGGAUUGGGAAGUCAAUGCAGGAUCAUAUACAGGAGAUAGUGACUACUGGCAAAUUGUCCAAGUUGGAACAUUUUGAAACAGAUGAAAAGGUACGGGCAAUUAGUCUAUUCGGUGAAGUUUGGGGUAUCGGUCCAGCCACUGCCCUUAAAUUGUAUGAGAAAGGAUAUCGCACACUAGAUGAUCUUAAGAAUGAUGAUUCAUUGACGUAUGCACAGAAGUUAGGAUUGAAAUAUUUUCAUGAUAUUAGGACAAGGAUUCCACGCAACGAGGUUCAAGAAAUGGAACAACUUAUGCAGAAAGCUGGGGAAGAGAUAUUGCCUGGGGUGGUUAUUAUAUGUGGAGGAUCUUAUAGACGAGGAAAAGCAUCUUGUGGGGAUUUGGAUGUGGUAAUUACUCACCCUGAUGGGAAAAGUCAUAAAGGUUUUCUACCAAGAUUCGUGAAUCAUUUGAAGAAUAUGAAGUUCUUAAGAGAGGAUUUGGUAUUUAGCAUUCACAGUGAGGAGGGCACUGAUUCAGGUGUUGACACAUAUUUUGGUCUUUGUACGUAUCCUGGAAGAGAACUGCGACACCGCAUAGAUUUCAAGGUAUAUCCAAGGGACAUACAUGCUUUUGGUUUGAUAGCAUGGACUGGUAAUGAUGUAUUAAAUAGGAGGCUGAGAUUGUUAGCAGAAUCCAAAGGGUACCGGCUUGAUGAUACUGGACUAUAUCUAGCUACUCAAGCUUCAGGUGGCAAAAGGGGUGCGAAGGCAAGCGCAAGCCUAAAGUUUGACACUGAAAAAGAAGUUUUUGAUUUCCUAGGGUUCCCUUGGCUUGAACCUCAUGAAAGAAAUCUCUGAGAUGUAUAUGGCUUGCUUGAGCGUGUUUUAUAUAUAGCCACAUCUUCAACGACGAGGAUGCAUAACUGAGAAGUGGAAGCGGGAUUAUUUUUGGCAGUUCGCGAGAAUGCUCAUUUUGCUUGGUUUUAUCAUAAUUUAAGAGCUGUUUUACGUUUUUAACUUUUGUCUCUGCUCCAAAUUCUGCAUUGUUUAUGGCUUCAACUCUGGUGUAUAUAGCUUUUGAAUAACCACUGAAUAUCCCUAAUCUUUUUGAAUGAAGUUUAGUUAAAUCCAAA